CAGAACCAAACGUUAGCAAGACCCAUCAGAGUCCAGGGUUCUGUAUAAACAGCCCACUAGGCGUUCAAUAGCUCGCUGAGCCAACCCAAUCUAGACCCAUCAUCCUCUCUAAAAAGGAAACCCCAUCGGUGCUAUUGAUUCAAAGCUGAGAACUAUCGAAUAAUUCCACGCGAUAAACGUAGACAAAGACCGCGGAAAUUUCCCAUCAUGUCAGGGGAACGAUUGAGGCAGCGGGAGGCGGACGCCUCUGGUUUGUAGUAUAUAUCAUGGACUCGCUCUUAUUCUCAGGUGGCGCAGGUGAUUGAUAACUUUCUUUCGUUCAGUCUCUCGUUUUAGCCUUUUGGCUUAUUCGUUCGUUCAAUAUGCGUUCCCUUUCAGCGCUUGUGGCUUUGGCUUUUGCGAGUUCGUUUGAACUUGUUGCUGCCAGCAAUUGUAAGCCCUCUUCACCAGCCGGAGCCAAGACCACGGAUCCCGCUUCAGUUGCCAGCGGAACAGCAACAAAAUCAGCACCUCCGUCCGAAACGACCGACGGACCAGUCAUCAUCACUAAUUCUGUGACAAACGGCGACUUUGGAGGCUAUGAUCCUUCAUCAGAUGGCGGUAUCUACGCCUUUCAAGCGGGCGGCAAUGCGAAACUCCUGCAAGGUCCAGGAUAUCAGGGAGAUCAUACCGAGGAGAGGAACUGUGUACAACUCAAGACCAGUUCGGGAACUCCCGGUCAAAAGCGAGAUUUCGUAUUCGAGAACCCUUGGAUCCAACAGCAGCUCGACAAUCUGGAGCCCAGUGACUUCACUGUUCGCUUCUGGUAUUCUAUCGUGAACAAUGCUAUCGUGGACACAUGUCGCAUCGAAGGAUUCUAUGGAAAUGCUCGAUUUGGAGCGACUCCGUACUUUCCUGUUGUCGCUGAUGGCAACAACUGGUUGGAGUUUGUCGACUCUAUGCCUGUUACCACUACAAGCGGAAUGAUUCGCUUUGAGCUCAACUGUGUCAACGGAGGCUCUGCGGAGGUCUACUUCGACCAAGUCUUUGUGUCUAACAAAAUUGGUGAUGAGUGGGUUGAUGGCAUUUCGCUGUUCUUUCCUACGUCGAAGCAUGCUGCUACCAUUGCUCCGGCUCAAACAAGCACCGCUCCUGCUGUAGAUACAGCUGUUACCACCAGCGUUAACACUGAGGCUUCUGAUCUCUCUACCACUCAGUCACCUCAAGCACAAACCACUACCGGUGAAGCUUCAGCAACCGAUAAGACAACCGCCUCCGCCUCCGCCCCGACCUCUGCACCCACCGAUCCUACCACCUCCGGCCCCAAGCUCUGUGCCAAACUCGGUACAGGCGCACCUGGCCGAGGCUGCGCCAAGAGGCCUUAUAGCAGUACCCAAGGCUACAAGCGAUACGGUGGAAGCAAAAUCACAAAGGAGCAAUGCGCUGCACUCUGCCUUUCAGAUUCUAACUGCCAAAGCUUCGAAUGGCUCUAUCAAGGCAGCGGCUGCGCAAACACAUGUACCCUCCUCGCUACCAGCUGGGCUGAUAUUCUUACCAACGGGGGCCUUGACGCUGCCUGGGCUUACGACCGCAGCUGUAUUCAAGAAGACGAGUGCACCGAGCAACCGGCUGGUUCCGUAUGCGUUAACGUUAAUGCUGAUACACCCGCCAAGUCUUGUACUCAAGUCAAAGGCAAAGCGAAAGCUUGUGCCAAGCCCUUCCUGACUGCCUCGACGAGGGGCGUUUGUGGUCUUAGCAACGAAUGCCGCGACCUUUGUGCCAAGUAUCCUUCUUGCAAGUCUUAUGCAGCGACCUUUGGCAGCUGUAGCUUGCACGAUGCUAGAUCCUCUGAGGUCGCCGAGGCCGGAAGUGAGCUUUUCUGGUUUACGGAUAUGGAUUGCCAUGCUUGUGGACAGGGAAAUGCUUAUUUCGAUUACAUUUCUGUUGGACAAGACCCUGCGAAUAUGCCUCAGUGGACAUGUGCCGCGGAGGCUAAGACGACUUCGACUUUGGCGGCGCCGACGACCACCAACCCUGCUAUCACGACUACCUCUGACGCUGAAUCAGCCACGAGUGCAAGCCAAGCCAGCGACGAGGCCGACUCAUCAGCAAUCAUUCCGACUACAACUUCUACACCUCCCACCACUACAGCAGCGCUAUGUGCCAACGGCGUUCCAUCCCCUGGGAUUUGCUCCACCGCAAACACUGUGCCCUCAACAGCAACAUGUGGCAAGCGUGGUUGGCCACGCAAUGUCGAGCCAUAUGCCCGCAGUCUCGCUGAUUUCCCUAACCAAAACACAUUCGAAGACUGUGCUCUCAUUUGCAAACUUGAUAGGUCAUGCAAAGCCUUUGCAAUCGAUCCUACUCGAUCCGGGAUGAAGUGUAUGUUCAGUUCAGACCCAGCUAUCGACGGGGUCUCUAACGCCCCUGGCGUAUGGAGCGACUUGGAGUGUAUGAGAUGUAAGCUCUGCGGCGACGAAGUUACUUCUUCACAUCCUGCAUCUGAGUCGGAGAGUGCCUCUCUCUCUAGUCAGACGACUGAGGCUCCCACAACCAUGAUCACCUCGACACGGCCAGCUGGCGAGGACUCUUCCACCAGUCAAGCCACAACAAGCGCGUCUGGGGAACCAACUACUACUCAAACAGCACAAGCAGAGCCCACAGAUUGUGCAGUACCCUCGGCCUCUCUAAGCGACGACGUCACCUGCGGUAUCCCCGGUCAAAGUGGUCAACAAGCACAAAGCGCUCGUCUGUUAAACUAUAUCAUCAAACCAGUUGGAAGUCUCGCCAACUGCGCUGCCAUCUGUCUCCAACGAGCAGAUUGUCAAGGUUUUGCGUACAUAAAGGGCAACACUGAGUGUUACCCCUUCAGAGUUGGACCUGCUGGCUUGGGAAUCACGUAUAACCCACAGGGUACUGAGAAAUACUAUGAUAGGGGGUGCUUCUCUUGUGCUUCGUGACAGGAGAACCAAUAGGGCGGCGUGUUGUCCAUAUUUCUUAAGUAGGGUUGUUCAUUACCACCCAGGGGCUAAUUUUCUAAUCUUGACUAAUUUCAUACCUUCAAUCCUAAGUGAUGUAAAUACUUGGACAAGUUCAUGAUAGCUUAGGAUAGUUUAUGGCAUCUCAAGAUAAUUUAGGA